AUGUUUUAGGAUUCUGUGGCCUUUGAGGAUGUAAGUGUGAAAUUCACCCUGGAGGAGUGGGCUUUACUGGAUUCCUCACAGAAGAAACUCUACAGAGAUGUGAUGAGGGAAACCUUCAGGAAUCUGACCUCCAUAGGAGAAAUAUGCAAAGACCAUGACAUUGAAAGUCAAUAUGAACAUCAUGGGACAAAUUUAAGCAUUCAUAUAGUAAAGAGACCAGGUAAAAAUAAACAAGGUAGUCAAUAUGGAGAAAACUUCAGCCAAAUUCCAAAUCGUAAUCAGAAAAAGAAAACUUCUUCUGGACUAAAACUGUGUGAAUGCAGUGUGUGUGGAGUCUUCAUGAAUCAUUCAUUCUUCAGUAGGCAUAUGAGAUCUCACACUACACCCAAACCAUAUGAGUAUCAGGAAUAUGAAGAAAAGCCAUAUAGAUGUAAGGAAUGUGGGAAAGCUUUCAAGUAUCGCCAGUCCUUUCGAAGGCAUGAAAAGAUUCACACUGGAGUGAAGCCUUAUAUAUGUAAGCACUGUGGUAAAGCUUUCAGUUGUAUCAGUUAUUGUCGAACUCAUGAAAUAUCUCACACAGGAGAGAAACCGUAUAAAUGUAAGCAAUGUGGUAAAGCUUUCAUUUGUCCCAGUUACUUCAGAAAACAUGAAAGAACACAUACGGGAGAGAAACCGUAUGAAUGUAAGCAGUGUGGUAAAGCCUUCAGCUGCUUUACAUCCUUUCAAAGCCAUGAAAGGAGACACAGUGGAGAAAAGCCCUAUGAAUGUAAAAAAUGUGGCAAAGCCUUCACCUGUCCAAGUUACUUUCGAAAACAUAAAAGAAUUCAUACUGGAGAGAAACCCUAUGAAUGUAAGCAGUGUGGUAAAGCCUUCAGUUGUUCCAGAUCCUUUCGAAGUCAUGAAAGGAGACACAGUGGAGAAAAGCCCUAUGAAUGUAAAAUAUGUGGCAAAGCCUUCAGUUGUCCAAGUUAUUUUCGAAAACAUGAACGAAGUCAUACUGGAGAGAAACUCUAUGAAUGUAAGGAAUGUGGGAAGUCCUUCAGUUGUCCAAGUUACUUUCGAAAACAUGAAAGAAAUCAUACUGCAGAGAAACCCUAUGAGUGUAAGGAAUGUGGGAAAGCUUUGAGUUCUCUUACCAACUUUCGAAGACACAUGAUGAAGCACACCGGAGAUGGGCUUUACAAAUGUAAGGAGUGUGGGAAGGUUUUUGAUUGUCCAAAUUACUUUCAAUAUCAUGAAAGCACACAUAGUGGAGAAAAGCCAUAUGAAUGUAAGGAAUGUGGUAAAUCCUUCAGUACUCCCAGAUCCCUUCAAAAUCAUGAAAGAACUCAUACCAGAAAAAAACCCCAUGAAUGUAAGGAAUGCGGUAAAGCCUUCAGUUUUCCCUGUUCCCUUCAAAAACAUGAAAGAAGUCAUACUGGGGAGAAACCCUAUGAAUGUAAGCAAUGUGGGAAGGCCUUCACUUAUCUCAGUUCCAUUCAAAAACAUGAAAGAGCUCAUAGUGGAGAGAGGCCCUAUGAAUGUAAGGAAUGUGGGAAAGCCUUCAUUUCCCUUUCCAAUGUUCAAAGACAUAUGAUAAAGCACACUGGAAAUGGGCCUUGUAAAUGUGAGAUGUGGGAAAGCCUUUGAUUGUCCUAGUUCAUUACGAACACAUGAAAGAACUCACACUGGAGAGAAACCCUAUCAGUGUAAAAAGUGUGGUAAAGCCUUCAGUCGUCCCAGUUCUUUACGAAGUCAUGAGAGAGCUCAUAACUAAGAAAAAGUCUGAAUAUAAGGAAUGUGUGAGAACCUUUUGUGGACAUGUAAGAAUGCACACUGGAGCGAUACCCUAUGUGGCAAGCCUUUAGCUGUCUCAUUUCCUUGGGAAGCCACACCCAAAAACAGACAAACAAAAACCUCACAGUGGAAAAAGUUCUAAAAGUAAACAAUAUAGGAAAACCUUCACUUGUCUCAAAUCCCUACAAAACCAUGUGAGAAUGAAUACUGGGUAGAAACUGUAUAAGUGAAAAAAAUAAGACAUAAUUUUUAAUUUUAAUAUAUUUUCAAAGUGGUGUGAAAACUGCAUUGGAAAUAAAUAAUAUUAAUGUAACUAAUAUGGGUAACCUGUUGAAAACCAGGUUACUAUAAAAUUUUCAUGAUAUGAGUGAAAUAUUAUAAAGGUUAUACAUAUAUGGUCUUAUUAUUACUGACUUAUUCUUUAAGUAAUUCUCUGUAGUAUGGGGUCCUACUUGUGUAAGUAAAUAUUGAAGUGAGAUAAUUCUGUAGAUCUGUGGGUGAAUUGAAGUGUAUUUCUAGCAUGCAAGUAGGUUUAAUUUUUAUAUAAUUUUGUAAUUGAUCCAUAAGAAAAGGACCAUUGAAAAAUGACAUUUGGUAUUUGUUUUUUGUUUUCCUACUGGCCAAUGGUGACAAGAACUGGAUAUGUUUUACCCUUUUAUAUACGUGUGUAUUCCACCUUUCUUUCUUAAUAGAAAACUACUUUUUCAUUUGCCUGAAGAGCCUUACUGUUUUUCUUGCCAAUAAAUACAUUUGUAAG